AUGACUCCGCCCACAAUACAGGUGACGCACACGUCGUCGCCGCGCUCCCACAACAAGAUGAUCAUAUCGCCCCCUCGCAUCAACCUGCGGCGCGCCGCUUCCUACAACAACUCCGACAGGGGACCGCUAUCAUCUACCUCCUCCCGCUUCGGCUUCGACCACCUGGUCUUCAACUCACCCCCGCCCUCCCCGGGUCUACCCUUGCCGCAACAAGCCCCCCGGAUGCGAAAGCCAUCCGGCUCGCCUCGCCCGAGCCGCGUCUUCAGGUGCCUGCUAUGGCUCUCCGGCAUGCUGCUCAUCCUCUACCUGGCCGCCCAGUCCAUCCGCCAAGGCCAGGUUGUCCCGGUCAUGGGAUGGGGCUGGGCCUCGGAUGAGGCCUAUGAGAUGGUCGGCCAGGACGAUCUGCCAGAUUUUCCCACGCCAAUUGUGGUGACCGAUCGGCGGGGACGGGCAAAGUGGACUGUCUCGAUCCCACCCAAUUACCAGUACCCCUUGACGCCCACGGAAUACGCCGACGUAUGCGCCAAAUGCAGGGAGGUGGCCAUGAGGGUUCACGCGCUCCACACACAUAGCCCUGUCGAGAAGGCACAAAUCACCUUCAACCGAGGCGACGCGGCCAACAAUCGGUAUUUCAUGGACGUUAAAGAGGCCGAGAAACAAGGCUUCUUACCUGGCGCACUGGGCAUGGUAUCCGGCCGCGGCAAUGACCUCCUGGGCGUGGACAAGGGCACAGCAGGUGACAAGCCGGCCUGCACGUCAAGCCUGACGUAUGUUCUGGAAUCAGAAGACGCCGGGCUGGGAAAGACACUGAUGUCGCUAUGGGCGGCAUACGGCCUUGCACAGCGCGAGGGCCGUGCCUUCUUCAUCGAAGACUCAAGGUGGGCGUAUGGCAAAUACGCGGAUAUCUUCGAUAUACCACCCGUGCCGGCCUGCCGGCCUCCGCUGCGGCACGAGAUGAUCCCUUGUCCGCGAAACGCAAGGCACCUUGUUCUCUCCUCGGCCAACGCCGAUGAUAUCCUCGGCGCCCACGUCCCGAACGGUGACACCUACACUGAAGGUCCUGCCGCCAGCUUGGAUCACCGCCCUGCCCAGCGCGAGAUUUUCGCCCUGGCGCGCACCGGCUACGAGGCUCUGUUCCGCCUCAACGAGGCUGACCGCGACUACGUGUCGAACCGGCUCGCCGAACUAAGGGCCAGGACCACGUCCGCUGCUGAGGGCGCCGCAGCACACGGCACCGGUAGGAUCGUCGGCGUGCACGUGCGCCAUGGAGACCGCCACCCGCUCGAGUUCCAGUACGCGGACAGCUACAUCCCGCUGGCGACCUACGCCGACGCCGCUCACGCGCGCCUCAACACCACAUUGGGCGGCGGCGACCACGCCCCGCCCUCCAUGGCGAGGACCAGGUCCCUCAUAAUCCUCGCGUCCGACGACCCGCUCGUAUACGAUGCCGACGAGUUCCGCGGCGCGGCCCGCGCCCAGGAGCAGAUCCGGCUCGCCGGCAAGGAGGAGCUGCCACAGAACUCGAAGCCCGACAAGUCGGUCAUGCACAAGUUUGUCGACGAGACAUUUGGCUGGGAGGGCGGCUUCUUCGCCGCCAUGUUCUGGAACCUGGGGCUAUCGGCGGCGGCGGCGGCCAGCAACAACGCUGCUGGGUCCGGGCCGCCCGCGGGCGAGGAGACCAUCCGCCUCAGGAGCCUCGUCGGUCGCGCGUACCUGAUGGACCUGGCCGUCCUGUCGGGGGCCACCGACGGCGGUGGCGUCGUCUGCGCUGUUGGCGCGAUGGGCUGCCGGCUGCUGGCCGUCAUGAUGGGCCCCGACAGGGCUUUCUCCAGGGGCGAGUGGGUCAACGUCGACGGCGACUUCGGCUGGACCUGGGCCAGGUGGGGGUGA